AUGGCCGCUCCUCAGGAGAUUACCAUCGAAAACCUCAAUGGCCACUGGGUCCUGAACAAAGAUCGUUCCAGCGAAACAGACCCUAUCCUAAAACUGCAAAAAGUCCCAUGGUUAAUCCGCAAAGCAUUCAAACUCGCAACAAUAUACAUCCAAAUCACCCAAUACCAAACAUCUGAAACAACCCAACCAUCCACACACAUCAACUUCCUCCAAACAGCCACGGCAGGUCUAGCCGCAACUAAAGAAGAGCGUGUUCUAGAUUGGAAGAUAUCAGACCAUGAGGAUUACUUCUUCGGUCAGGUCCAAGCUCAGAGUGAAUUCGUCCAUGGUGUUACUGAUGAAGAUGGGGUUUUAAGGCCUGGGUUUGAGAUGCAGACGGCGAAUGACAAUAUCGAGAUAAAGAGAUACUUGCGAGGUGAGAUUGAGGCGGAUGGGGGAAAUCUGCGGGUUUUGUACUUGAGGAUUCGACGAUGGCUGACAAUGGGGUCUGGGUACAUACUUUUGAGAGGAAUGUUAAGUCUGGAUGGACGGCUGAACAGGUGA